CGGGCGCUGCCGCCGCCGCCGCCACCCGAGGGGCGCGCGCGGGACCGUGAGGGCGGCGGGAGCCGUGCAGGUUCUCCAGGAGAAAAGCAGCAAUCCCCUGGAGCUCUGCCCUGCCACCAUGGGCUCAGUGGUGUGGGAAUGUGGCUGAAAUCUCAAGAUUUCAUUGAGAAAGGAAGGAAAAAAAAGAAGAUUUCUUGAGCUGAGGAUGUUGAACACAAAACCUCUUGCAGCUGGGAGGAACCUCAAGGCAAAGCUGGGAUUAUUUUGGUGAAAAUGAGGAGCUGGAACAUCUCCUGGCCCCGUUGCUGGGGGGGAAGGAUGCCUUGGGGCUGGCUGCUCUGCUCCCUGGGGAUCUGGGGGCUCUGGGUGGCCCCCACAGGAGCUCACAGCCUCUUCUCCUGUGAGCCCAUCAUCCUCAGGAUGUGCCAGGACCUGCCCUACAACUCCACCUUCAUGCCCAACCUCCUCAACCACUACGACCAGCAAACCGCAGCUCUGGCUAUGGAGCCCUUCCACCCCAUGGUGAACCUGGAAUGCUCGCGGGAUUUCCGUCCCUUCCUGUGCGCCCUGUACGCCCCGGUGUGCAUGGAGUACGGGCGGGUGACGCUGCCCUGCCGCCGCCUCUGCCAGCGCGCCCACAGCGAGUGCUCCAAGCUCAUGGAGAUGUUCGGUGUCUCCUGGCCCGAGGACAUGGAGUGCACCAGGUUCCCAGACUGUGACGAGCCCUAUCCUCGCCUGGUCGACCUCAACUUGGCCGGCGAGCCCACGGAGGAGGCCCCGAUGGCCGUGCAGAGGGAUUACGGCUUCUGGUGCCCUCGGGAGCUGAAGAUCGACCCGGAGCUGGGUUACUCCUUCCUCAGGGUGCGGGACUGCUCCCCUCCCUGCCCCAACAUGUACUUCCGCCGCGAGGAGCUCUCCUUCGCCCGCUACUUCAUCGGCGUCAUCUCCAUCGUCUGCCUCUCGGCCACCCUGUUCACCUUCCUCACCUUCCUCAUCGACGUCACGCGCUUCCGCUACCCGGAGAGGCCCAUCAUCUUCUACGCCGUCUGCUACAUGAUGGUGUCCCUCAUCUUCUUCAUCGGCUUCCUGCUGGAGGACAGGGUGGCCUGCAACGCCUCCAGCCCUUCCCAGUACAAAGCCUCCACGGUGACCCAGGGAUCCCACAACAAAGCCUGCACCAUGCUCUUCAUGGUGCUCUACUUCUUCACCAUGGCCGGCAGCGUCUGGUGGGUGAUCCUCACCAUCACCUGGUUCCUGGCCGCCGUGCCCAAGUGGGGCAGCGAGGCCAUCGAGAAGAAGGCGCUGCUGUUCCACGCCAGCGCCUGGGGCAUCCCGGGCACGCUCACCAUCAUCCUGCUGGCCAUGAACAAAAUCGAGGGUGACAACAUUAGCGGCGUGUGCUUCGUCGGCCUCUACGACGUGGACGCGCUCAGGUACUUCGUGCUGGCCCCUCUCUGCCUCUAUGUAGUGGUGGGAGUCUCCCUGCUGCUGGCCGGGAUCAUCUCCCUGAACCGCGUCCGCAUCGAGAUCCCGCUGGAGAAGGAGAACCAGGACAAGCUGGUGAAGUUCAUGAUCCGCAUCGGCGUGUUCAGCGUGCUCUACCUCGUGCCCCUGCUGGUGGUCAUCGGCUGCUACUUCUACGAGCAGGCCUACCGCGGCGUGUGGGAGACCACGUGGAUCCAGGAGCGCUGCCGCGAGUACCACAUCCCCUGUCCCUACCAGGUCACUCAGAUGAGCCGUCCAGAUCUGAUUUUGUUCCUCAUGAAGUACCUGAUGGCUUUGGUGGUUGGGAUCCCCUCGGUGUUCUGGGUGGGAAGCAAGAAGACCUGCUUUGAGUGGGCCAGCUUCUUCCAUGGGCGCAGGAAAAAAGAAGUCGUCAACGAGAGCCGCCAAGUGCUGCAAGAGCCGGACUUCGCCCAGUCCCUCCUGAGAGACCCCAACACCCCCAUUAUCCGCAAAUCCAGGGGCACUUCCACGCAGGGCACCUCCACGCACGCCUCGUCCACGCAGCUGGCCAUGCUGGACGAGCAGAGGAGCAAAGCCGGCAGCGUGCACAGCAAAGUCAGCAGCUACCACGGCAGCCUGCACCGCUCGCGGGACGGACGGUACACUCCCUGCAGCUACAGGGGCGUGGAGGAACGACUACCUCACGGCAGCAUGUCCCGGCUGACCGACCACUCCCGGCACAGCAGCUCGCACCGCCUGAACGAGCAGUCCCGGCACAGCAGCGUCAGGGACCUCAGCAGCAACCCGGUGCCACACAUCACCCACGGCACCAGCAUGAACCGAGUCAUCGAGGAGGAUGGCACCAGUGCCUGAGGGCAGGCAGAGCUGCACGUGCUGCCCGGUGCCUUCCUCAGCGCAGAGGUGACAGCUCAGAGUUGUCCUCAGCCUCUCAGGUGCUCACUUUGGGCUGAAUGGGGAAGCCGGGAUUGGCUUCUCUGCCUGGAGCUGGCUCGGAUCACUCAGUAAAAAAGCUGGUUGUGUCCUCUGAAACCUCUCUGUAGGUAAUUAUUUAUUUGAUAACUGUUCCUCAUCACACACAACUGCUGGAUUGCUGAUUCUCUGUGGAAAACAAUCUCCCCCUUCCUUCUCUCUCCCUCCCUCUGUCCCUCCUUCCGUGGGCUCCGCGCGUCGGGAGGCGCCGGCCCCGAAAUCUCGGUGUUGGGGUCGUGCUGAGGCUUGGAGGGGGCUCCUGGUGGCUGAAGGAAUCUGGCAGCGUUUGGUCACACUGGAAACACCACAGGAAUGAGCAUUUUGGAGAAGGAAACUCCUCUGAGCAUCACCAGCUCUUCCUCAGCUGUGCACAGAGAGAGGCAGGCAAGAGCGAUUUUUUUAUAACUUGGAUUGUCCUUGCUUUUUUACAAAAGACUAUUUAAAUUUUCUACUCGUUUACAAUUUCUGUAGGAAGAGAUGGGUUUUAAAAGCAGUUAUCUAGAUAAUAUUCAGCCAUUUAUUUUUUAGAGUCAUGUACAAAAGCUGAGAUUGCCUGUUCCUGAUCUAUUUAAAAAAAAAAUUAUGAUAGAAAAGCUGAAUUUGUCACCCAAGCAGGAAUGUACAGCCCGUUCUUACAGCCAGAGCUGAGCCUGUUUACAAACCCUGAGGCCAGAAGGACCAGAGGAGGUGAUCCAAGGAUGCCCCACCUUCCUUGUGAUCUCCUGGCUGCUUUGGGGAGGAUUCCAUGUGCUGAGCAAGAAUUCAGAGAUGGGUGGGGGAAACUGAGGCAGGAGCUGUCCCAAUAUGAGGAAAAAGGAGGAAGUGGCAGCUGGAGGCUGAGGAGGAGACAGGAUCAGGGAUCUUUUCACUCCCUACUGCAGAUUCAUGGUAGAGAAUUCUCAGUUUGGGCUUUUUUUGUGUGUGGAAAGGAUCUGUUGGGAUACACUGGAGGCAGAAGUGGAAGAUUGUGCUGGAGAUCUUGUGGAACAUCUGCAGAGACUCAUCCUGAACGAGGCAGACCUACCUCAGUAAUUGCUGCAGAUCCCUGCUGGGAAAUGAAUCCUUAUUUUUGUCCUUCCAUAAUUCCCUCCCUGACCUGCUGGAGGCACUUUGAGAAACCUUUGUGCACCACCCUGGAGGGCAGGAGCUGCCCCACAAUUAACUCCUUUUAAUUGCAGCUGAUGGCACAACAGAACCUGUGUGCUGUGGAAUCAGAGGCUCCCAGACAGAUUUAUCCCAGAUUGUCCUUCUGGAGGAGACAAGAGGAGCCCAGCUGGAGUAACAAAGCUCUUUGUUGUCAGCCCAGGAAUUGCCCUGUCCCAGGGAGACCUGGAAUCUGGAUCUGUGGAAGCUGAGUUUUCCUAAACACUGGAACUGAACUAAAUAUCUCAAGGGUUUACGUUGAUCCUCUUGGCUCAAUUUCCAGUACUUUUAUGUUUUUUGUUUUUUUUUUUUCUUUUAAUAAAUUGCAGCAAUGCUUUGACUUGUUUAGAGACAAGGAGAGGAAUGCUGAUGGAGCUUGGAGAAGGAUCCUGCUGAGAAUGUUUUAAUUGGUGAGGCUCAGUCCCCAUGCUGCUUCCAGAUGGGAAUAUCUCAGUCAUUCCUUGCUGAUGGAUCCUGAAGGGACUGGCUCCUGUCACCUCAGAGAGGUGGUUAAACCUCAAACUGGAGUUCUGGCUGGGAUUUUUGUCUCUCUGCCCCCUCUCUUCUACCUUCAACCCCUGAGCAGCACACUCUGCUCUCCUGGCAGAGGAUUCCUCACCCAUGGUUCUUCCCCAGCUGGCUCACAGGGCUUCAGCUCCCAAAUCAUCAUGUCCAGUGCAUCCCAGUCUGAAUGUGGCCCCACCACCAUCUCAGGCAGGGGAACCAGGAGUGGUUUUGGGGUGCUUUCCUGCCUGGUGAGAGCUCCAGCCCAGGUCAUGGUUUGUGGGAUUGGUGCCAAGCUUUAAAUUCCCCCCAGCCGAACCCCCCGGCCAGGAGGGUGUUUCUGCAGCCACUCAGGUGCUCUGGGCCCCCCUGGAUGUCCCUGCAGCUCGGAUGCUGUCCCCAGGAAGCAGGCAGGGAAGCUGGACCGUGCCUGGAUUUCCAGCUCACCCCAAACUCCAUCCCUGUCCCUCCCAGGCACACUGCAGCCCCAAACCCUGCGCUGUGAAACUGCUCCGUCAAAGCUGCAAAUGCACAGCUCCGUAUUCCCAGUAUUCCCAGGGAUCUCCAGCUCCUGUUUUACCAACCUGACUGUGCUGACAGCAGAUCCCCCCUGUGCUUGUGGUGUUCCCUCUUUUUUAAUCCCUGUGAAAUAUCCCGGCUCGGAACUGUGCUUGCCUCGCAUGGAAGAGGCCGCUCGUCGUUUUUACAGCAUGAACAACCCAACAGCAGCCAACAGCCACGUUUGGGUGUCAGUGUUUUUGUGCUCUCCUUUUUCUUCCAGCUCACAAGCAGAUUUUGUGCUGGAAGCUUGAAGCCACCAGCUCUAGGGGAGAGGUCAGUGCUGAGCUGUGGUUGGAAUCCAGCACUGCUCCCGAGUUGUUCCAGCAAGGACGGAAGGGAAAAAAUCCCUCAGGAAAGGCACAAGGAGAAGAGCCAGGCCAGCCUUAGAGCAGUGCCCACCCUUCCAGGGUAUUGCCCAGCAGGGAGCUCUGUGGGCACAGAGCAGAGCCAUCCCCAGCUCCACCCCGAGCAGCAGAAUGUGAAGCUUUACCCCAACCCCUCGCGCUUCUUUCCGAACAGGAUCAGGAUUUAUUUUCCCCAGGUUUUGCCUGUGCAUGGGGAACUCGGUGCAUGCAAAGCUCUGGCAGCCCUUCCUCCCCUCGGCACGGCGGUGUCCGUGCUGUGACAACGCCCAGCUCCUCAGGAGAGGGGAAGGAGCUCCCAUCCAUCCUCCUCAAGUCGUGGAAUGUGUGGGGCUGACCCCACUUGCACUCGGCUCUCGGUAGACUUGUUUACAGUAGUCCAGUGUCGGUUUUGUAACGUUUUAAUUUUUAGCACUUUAACUGUGAGUGUACAAAUUGGUUCCCUUGUAGUUGGUGUACAUUUUCAUUUUAGACCUUUGGAAGUUUUUAAUAAAACGAUGGAAAAAAACUCUGGUAACAGGUUUUCAAUUCGGUGUAAUCCUACCCCCCUUAAAAAACCCAGUCGAGAUAUAAAGGUGAAAUAAUUAAAGAUCCGAUUUUACUCUG